AUGGACGCAGACUGGGACUUAUUUGACCGCCCUAUGGCCGGGUAUGACCCCUACCCCUACCGUUAUUCUGAAGCAGAGAACCUGUACACUCUGUCUACACUGAGCUACCCUACGAGAGAAGCCAGUGGUAUGGACCACAUGUUUCCCUCCUCGAGUGAUAAUCAGAUAUCGAACAACGGCAGAUAUAUCCUUCACUCGCCGCAGGGCACUAUUUACGAGGAGGAGGCUACACCAAUGGUGAUAUCUCCCCGUGUGGAAGAAGAUAUCAUCAACAUGCAGAGACAAGAGUCGUAUAUAUGGAACCCGGACACCGAUUAUAUGUUGGGUAAUCCUUCGUACCCCCGAGUGCCAGAUCAUCGUUUCAAUGCGGGAUACUCAUCUCCAUGGAAUCCCUUACAAACCGAGAGCGGCCACGAAAACACGUAUCUAGCUGUACCUGGAAAUCGUGGAAGGAAUCGAACAGCGAGAUCACCAGUCUCUACAGCAAACACACCAUAUACACCAUCAUCUUUGGGCAGCCGUAGUGAAGCGGAUCGGGGGCAUGCGCGGGCGGGACGCCGCAGGGGGGGACGAGAACAGGGCAUGAGGCUUGCAGAAUCCACUGUACAAAAUGUUCGCGAGUGCUCGGGCGGUUCACCCUGCGACACAUGUGCUAAAACAACAAGAGGACGCAAAUGGGCUGGCUGUAUACGCUCUUUCAAGGAGUUGACUAAUCUACUCAAUCCUGACAUACUUUCAAGCCGAUUGCGGGCUGAAGUUCUUACAAGAUGGAUAACCGCGAAUACUCUAAUGCCCCGAGGGCGAAAUGAGUUUGAACUGCCAUUAAGCUUUGGAUUCGGGAAACCCUUUAUUGGCUUUCGCGGCAUCGAAUAUGACCCUAGAACAAGUGAAGCAUUAUGGACUUAUACAAUUGGCCAAGGUGACACACAUUCCGAGUCUGCCCUAUAUAGCAACAGCCUAUUUGUGUACCCCGUCAACAGUUCCUCUCGCGAGGUUCAAAAAGAGGUGUGCAAAUGGUUGAAGCAAAUACUAUGGAACAGCGAAGAUAUGGAAGAUUGGCUCAAAAAAUGUUUUCCGGGAAGCAGGGUCGCAUGGGCACGCGAGCUGCUUCAAGUGGUUUGGUCGUACUCCAUGAAAUCCCUGAAUGUGGGAAGUCUCCAGGAAAUUGACAAUUGCUUGUUAGAGGCAUGGAUGGCAUGCUUGAUCGUGACCAUCCUCUCGUUAAAGAUUGCGAUCCCGAAACCCUUCCUUGACACUAUUGUUCCCAACUUAGAGUCUGGGAGUCACUAUCGUGUUCCAUACCCGGAUACUUCUCGUGCAUUGAAUAAAUGUGUCAAGAGCUUGUUGUUUGACAUAUAUUUGAAAUUUGUGAAAAGGAUCACAUCGGCCCUGGACCAGUUUAGUCAAAUCAGACCUGAUCAGAUCACUGAUCCUCAUUUAUGUCAUAUGAACUGUAUUUCAAUUUUGAUUAUGGUUCUGACAUGUCAGAUCCAGACGUCGUUGAUGGACAACGCCCGGGUAUCCCUUGAAAUCAAAAAAGAGCUGGAAGUUUGGGAUGAGACUGAGACUCCUGAACAUUUGAAAAGGGUAGAAGGAGUGUUCAAGAACACACUUCUGUUUGUCCGUCACAAAAGGAGAGAAUGGUUCAAGGAGAGACCUGUUGAGGAGCAUGCUAGUUCACAAAUGUCGUAUCUUUGUGAUGCCUUCCGAGAUGUUGGGGAGAGGCAUGGUGACGCAAUCAAACAACACGUCAACAUCAAGUUGGAAGCGCUUAGGGAUCGACGUGCAGAUUUCCAUAAACAAAAUAUCAUGCGAGUGUUUGCUUUUUUCUUUCGUGAGGGAUGCAAGGCUUAA